AUGAGAGCUCGGGUAGCAAGGAUAUGGAGGCCCAAAAAGUUCGAUACUGAUAUCUAUGAUGGGCUUCAUUAUGUUCUCAUCGAUAAAAGGGGCAAUGCUAUCCAUGCUAUAAUUGAUGAAUCACAUUAUCCAGUUGUUACGAACAAAAUGGAGGAAGGCAGGGUCUAUGACAUAUUUCGCUGCCAUUCAAGAGCGAAUGACUUUCCAUUCAAAGUUAUUGAUCAUGAGGCACACCUCUCUUUUAACCGGAUGACGGAGUUCAAACAAGUUCAAGACUCUUCCUCACCGAUUCCACGAUAUGCAUUCAACCUCCUUGAGUUCAGUGAGUUAGAUGAUAAAAAAGAAGAUCAGAUAGUUCUGAUAGAUGUUUAUGGUUGUGUGAAGUCAAUCAUGCCAGAGUCCCAGGUCUUUGUGAGGAACAAAGAAAAAAUGGAAUCAAAGUGUGAAAUAACCUUGGAAAAUCUCAGGAGAGAGGAUGUUAGAAUCACUAUGUGGGGCGAUAAUGCCAGACAAUUUGAUGUACAAGCUGUACAAAAUCGUUCUCCACCGAUCUUAGCAGUAUUUACAAGCUUGCGGAUUACUGAAUUCCAACAACGAAUCACAUUGUCUGGAAUGAAUCAUACCUGCAUGAUUGUAGACCCGCAAAUUCCUCAAAGACAAGAAUACAGAAAUGAGUAA